UGGCCGAUCAGCUGAGGAAUCCGCGAUGUCUGUUGACAGCGGCGGCUGUGGUGGCUGCGGUGCGGCCGGUUCCGGGUUAGGCGCGGGGCGGGGGAUGUGAAUCCGAUGGAGCAGCCCCGGGAAGGCGAGCAGCCGCCGCAGCAGCAGCCGUGGGGGAGGCUCCUCCGCUUGGGCGCCGGGGACGGCGAGCCGCACGUCCUCCUGAGGAAGCGGGAGUGGACCAUCGGGCGGAGGAGAGGUUGUGACCUUUCAUUCCCCGGCAAUAAACUGGUCUCUGGAGAUCACUGUAAAAUUAUAGUGGAUGAAAAAUCUGGUCAGGUGUCACUAGAAGAUACCAGCACCAAUGGAACAGUAAUUAACAAGCUGAAGGUUGUUAAGAAGCAGACCUGCCCUUUGCAGACGGGGGAUGUCAUCUACUUGGUGUACAGGAAGAAUGAGCCAGAACACAAUGUGGCAUACCUCUAUGAAUCUUUAAAUGAGAAGCAGGACAUCACACAAGACUCCUUUGAAGCCAAUAAAGAGAAUGUGUUCCGUGUGACCAAAGAUACCUCAGGUGCAGGGCAAGGUGACGACCCCCAGGUCCUGCCGUCAUCGCCCACCACUCAGGCGUGCUUUGAGGAACCACAGCCAUCAACGUCCACAUCAGACCUCUUCCCCACGGCUUCUACCUCUUCCAUGGAGCCCACCUCUGCAGGGCAAGCACCUUCCUCCAGUUCUGCUUCCAGAGAUGCAUACAUCUCCCCAAAAGAGUGUGGUCCAUCUGUGGCAAGUGAUGAAAUCCCCAUCUUUCCUUCAGCUCUGCCAGACAGAGAGGAUGCAUCCUUUUCUCUGUCGGAACCCCAGGAUCAGGAGGAUUUGGAGCCCAUCAGGAAGAAAAUGAAAGGAGGUGGGGACCCUGACCUGACCCUGCAGUUCUUGGUUGCAGACCAGUGUAGAGACACCCACACCACCCUUGGGAAUGUUAGAUCUGAGGCUGUGAAGCCUGACAAGAUGGAGGAGACACUCACAUGCAUCAUCUGCCAGGACCUGCUGCAUGAUUGUGUGAGCCUGCAGCCCUGCAUGCACACCUUCUGUGCAGCCUGCUACUCAGGCUGGAUGGAGCGUUCUACCUGGUGUCCCACCUGCCGCUGUCCAGUCGAGAGGAUCUGUAAAAACCACAUCCUGAACAACCUGGUGGAGGCCUACCUUCUCCAGCACCCAGACAAGAGUCGCAGCGAGGAAGAUGUGCGGAGCAUGGCUGCCAGGAACAAGAUCACUCAAGACAUGUUGCAACCCAAGGUCAGAAGGUCUUUCUCUGAUGAGGAGGGCAGUUCGGAAGAUCUGCUGGAGCUGUCAGAUGUGGACAGUGAAUCAUCCGAUGUUAGCCAGCCGUACAUUGUAUGCAGGCAGUGCCCUGAGUACCGGAGGCAGGGUGGGCAGGCCCUCCCCUGCCCAGGGCCUAACAGUGAGCCAGGGGUACCACAGGCUGCUGGGGAUGCACCGUCGACCUCCACCAGUGUCAAGACAGCCCAGGAUUAUGUGUGCGCCCUGCAAGGAAGCCAUGCCAUAUGCACCUGCUGCUUCCAGCCCAUGCCCGACCGAAGGGCAGAACGUGAGCAGGACCCCCGCAUCGCCCCCCAGCAGUGUGCCGUUUGCCUUCAGCCUUUCUGCCACCUGUACUGGGGCUGCGCCCGGGCGGGCUGCCUUGGCUGCCUGGCCCCAUUCUGUGAGCUAGACCUGGGCGACAGGUGUCUGGACGGGGUUCUGAGCAACAACCACUACGAGUCAGACGUCCUGAAGAAUUAUCUGGCAACCAGGGGUUUGACGUGGAAAAAUAUGUUGACAGAAAGUCUGGUGGCUUUGCAGAGGGGAGCGUUUUUACUAUCUGAUUACAGAAUCACGGGGAACACCGUGCUGUGUUACUGCUGUGGCCUGCGGAGCUUCCGAGAGCUGACCUACCAGUAUCGGCAGAACAUCCCUGCUUCUGAGUUGCCAGUGGCUGUAACAUCCCGUCCUGAUUGCUAUUGGGGGCGCAACUGCCGCACUCAGGUGAAGGCCCACCAUGCAAUGAAAUUCAAUCAUAUCUGUGAACAGACAAGGUUCAAGAACUAAGCAUCUAGGAGGCACGAAGGUGGCCUGGGGAUAUUGGAGGUUAAUGACAGCAUGUUUCAGAAAAUACUGGAUACAAACAUUCUACGGGCAUUUUACCACCCCCAGGGCGUUCUGGGGGUCUCUGCGUCCGGCAGGUGGCUCUUGUGGGGCAAGACCUUCUCAGUGAGACCUCCCAGCCCCACCCCAGCAGCCUGGGAGCCCUGGGCAGCACGAUGCACCCCUCCUCUGAGGAGGACGUGCUCGGGGACGCCUGGAGCACUUGAAGCAGAGGAACCGCUGUCUGAUGUCCCCUCCCAAAACUAUGCUUAACAUAGACAUCUCUCUCCAAGAAAUCUUUUGUGGGAGAAAAAAGGAAAGUCUGUUGUUUAAGGGAAAGGGAGCAAAAGUUUACAGCCUGCAGGGUGCACCCGAGCGUCCUGCUGUGGGGAAAGCCACAGCAUCUUAGGCUUUUUUGUAAUAGGUUUGGUGCUUAUCUUUUAGUAAGAUUUAUCACAAACUGUAGCACAAGUAAUAUAAUUUAUAAUUUACAAAUUGACUAAAAUUGGGAUAGUAGAAUAUUUGAAAGAAUAAACAUGUUUCCGUUUAUUAAAAAAGAAAAAAUGAUGUCCAGAACCGCUAACCCUAGACACCCAGCAUUAAGUGCGUGGCCUUGUCCCAGGAGGGCAGAGGACGGGGAGCACUUGCCAGGAAGCGAAGCUUUGGUGCCUACUUCUUAUUCUGUGGGCAUAGCUGCAGGCCUCACUGAGCCGCCCCCAUGCCCCACCACCCUCACUUCCUCCCUGCUAAUGCCCCAGCCUCGGGAGCAGCUCCUUCCACAGAAGUGCGAGGGACCUUUGCCUCCACUAGUCCUGUCCUGCGUUGGGUUUGCCAUGUCAUCUGGAAUAAUACUUGAAGUUUUGUUCUUUGUUAAAAAGAAAAAUGUUUUUUAUCUUUUGUUGAGAUCAUCUAUUAUUUUUGUUUGCAAAAUUGUAACUUUUUGCUUCUCAGGAAUAGGAUUUUCAACUGUUGUCUUGCUCUUGAUACAGACUCUGAGAAGCAGCACCGUGUUUAUGGAAGAGGCCUCCUCCUCCCUGCAUUCUAAUAAACAAGCCGUGUCUGUUUCUCUUCCCACA